CUUAUUCUUGGCCCCCCGGCUCCUUUUAGUGAUAGAAGAAUCCGACCUAGGGUAUUUGAUCUAGACUCCGUCUCGAUUCUUCCAGGACCACUUCCCUUGCGACUCUAACCAACUUCUUGACACUCUUUUAACCUUAUUAACUUCUUCAUAUGUGAAGCCGGCUGCCCUUUCGACCUCGUGAUUCCAGUCGCUACGAAGGCUCAUCGCCGAGCUGCUUAUCAACAUGGUCGUACUCGAGGGCGUCGAUCUCGACGCGUUGGACUAUGUAAUUAAAUUCCCUUAUAAUGGAACGGGUGCUACUGGCGGCGAUUCGUUGACCGAAGACUUGAAUAUAUGGUACGAGAGUGGUGAUAUCGCCUGGAUGAUCACGUCCACAGCUCUCGUGCUGCUUAUGAUCCCAGGAGUCGGCUUCUUCUAUUCUGGUCUCGCGCGUCGCAAAUCGGCCUUGUCUCUAAUAUGGCUCUCCGUCAUGGCUACGGCCGUUACCACAUUCCAAUGGUUCUUCUGGGGUUACUCGUUGACUUUCUCUCACACUGCGUCUUCAUAUAUUGGAGACUUAACCAAUAUCGGAUUCAAAGAUGUACUGGGUCAGCCCUCGGUCGGUUCUCCGAGAAUCCCGGACCUGCUCUUCGCCGUCUACCAGGGCAUGUUCUCGGCUAUUACCGUAGCUCUCGCGACAGGAGCUGUAGCUGAGCGAGGUCGCAUGCUACCGUGUGUCAUCUUUAUGUUCAUCUGGUCCACGAUAAUCUACGACCCAAUUGCUUGUUGGACUUGGAACCCUUCCGGAUGGUCUAACAAAAUGGGUGGACUCGAUUUUGCAGGUGGCACCCCGGUCCAUAUUGCUUCUGGCACAGCUGCCCUUGCAUAUUCGAUGAUGCUCGGAAAACGACGUGGUCACGGUACCCACGAACUGAACUACCGACCGCACAACGUCACCCACAUCGUCGUCGGCACAGUAUUUCUGUGGGUCGGUUGGUUCGGUUUCAAUGCUGGAAGUGCGCUCUCGGCGAAUUUACGCGCUGUCAUGGCUGCGGUUGUAACAAAUUUAGCUGCUUGUGUCGGCGGAAUUACAUGGUGUGUGCUCGAUUACAGGCUAGAGGGCAAGUGGUCAACGGUUGGAUUCUGUUCGGGAGUUGUAGCCGGUCUUGUGGCGAUUACCCCUGGAUCAGGUUACGUUCCAGCCUGGGCUGCAGUAAUUUACGGCGUUCUAGGGGCUGGCUUUGCCAACUAUGCUACCAAGCUCAAGUUCCUCGUACGAAUUGACGACGCUUUGGAUAUCUUCGCCGUACACGCUGUUGGUGGUUUUGUGGGAAAUAUCUGCACCGCCUUCUUUGCUGCCGACUAUAUUGCGCAUCUCGAUGGAUAUAGUGUGAUUCAAGGCGGUUGGGUUAACCAACACUGGAUUCAGCUGGCAUACCAACUGGCUGAUUCUAUUUGCGGAGGGUGCUAUUCAUUUGUUGGAACAUGCAUAAUCUGCUUCCUUCUCAACCUGAUUCCUGGUCUCCAACUCCGAGCGACCGAAGAAGCCGAGAUUCUGGGUAUCGACGAUGCGGAAAUCGGCGAAUUUGCCUACGAUUACGUCGAGCUCACGAGAGAGGUUCUCAAUGAUAUUGAAGGUGGUGACGCCAACAGCCGAUAUUCUGCUGAUGCGGGAAACUCGUUUGACCCCCGUGAGAAGAACAGCAUCCCUCUAAUGGAUUCUCGCGGGUAUCCUGGACAGGCCUCUUCAUCGGCAACUUAGUCUAGGUCUUGGUCUGGAGGUCUAUUUGUAUGAUACGGAAUUAAUUCACUAUGUUUUCGUGUCCCUAUAAUAAAGGGGAAAUGAGGAAUGGCGGCGUGUAUUUCGCUCGCUUAUGCGAUAUCUGGAGAGGCGCUUCGGAGUUACAGAACCCGUACGAAAG